CAGCAGAGUUCAGUCUAGUAGCUGACUUGGUCGAGCAAAGUCGUGCGCGUUCCCAAUAUUUGUUUUCAAUUCCUCGCUACCUUUCGAGUCUCUCGUUCCUGUUGUUGUGCUCGUCUUUUCUUUUUUGAACAAACUGUUCUGGAUAUCGAACUCUAUACAUUUCGAUCCCUCUCAUCUCGUAUUCAUCAGUUGGGACGAGAGUCGAUCGAGUGUUUUGUUUUUUUUAUCUUGGUCCCCAACAGCCCGUCAUUUGCCGCCAAGAAGAUGCAGAGUUCGACCGUGUUUAUUUCGUUCGUGAUGGUGGCCGCCUGCUGUUUGUUGGCCGAAGCGGCCCCGCAAGACUUGGGCUCGCCAAUCCGCAUCGCCCAAUGCCGAGCCCUUUGCUUGAAUAAGUUUGUCCGCAACGAUCGACACGAAACGCUGUGCCAACAGGAUCCCGACUGCUUCACGUGCUGGGAAAACUGUGGACUUUUGCAAGACAACCCAACCGUCUGGUCUCGCAUCUGCAACCAACCGAGUGUUUGCUUCCCUGGCUGUUUGCAAGCGUGUCAAUUCUUCCAGAACGCGGAUCUACCUCAAAAGGAUCCGGUGAUGCCGACCUCUGCCGAGCCAAGUGUUCAACUUGUUGGCAAUUUGGCCACCUGGCCACGUCCAUCCGAUCGUUCGUCCAACUCGAAACGCGAGAAGGAGCGGCUCGUCUACGCUGUCAUUCAGAAGCAGAGCUCCGGACGUUGGCGUCAAAUCAUCCAGACGGCCGAAGAACGUUGUUUCCUGCCAUCUGGUGAGACUCCGAGUUCGGCGGCUGGCAACCUGCGCGUCUUGGCUGUUGGCGGACGCGGUUUGGUGGCUCUUUAUCGGCCUGAACACGAAGAUUCGAGCACGGAAAACGCCAUCGCCGCUCCUCUUCCGGCUUCCGACGUGGUCGUCGACACGGACUCGACUGGCCAGCAGCCGUUCGAACUGUCAGCCGAAGAAAAAUUAGCGGCGCAAGUUGAAAUUGUGUCCAUGUCUCCAGCGUCGCCGUGGAAGCUCAGGGAAGUGUCUCUCAUCCACCAGAAGGUUUUGGUUAUCGCCGAAGUGGCCUGGCCCGUCCAACGAUCUUCAGACGGCCAAUCGAGCGAUUAUUUGGUUACCUGGGAAGUGGACGGCGGUGGACUUAAAGGACAUCUGUACACGGACGCCACAUCGGUGACCCUGUCUCUAUGGCCCGAGACUAUCUACCACAUCCAAGUUGAUUUAGUCACUUCCACAUCGGAUGCCAUUCAAAUGCGCUCCGCUCCAUUGACGAUCGAUACCCACAAAGCGACGGGAGUGGUCCAGUCGGAUGAAACGAGACCUUUGCCCGCUGCUCCGCUCAUCGAUCGUCUUCCGUCAUCGUCCGGCAGUAGCAGCGGAUCGGGCCGACGAUUAGAAGCCACUGUCGGCGUCGGGGCGGCUGCUGGCGUCUCUUUAUUUCUAUUGGUUCUGGCCACCGCCAUCGGCAUCCGUCGGCACCGGAGGGCCAGCAUGCGUCUCAGUGAAUCUCCAUCAGCAUCGCCGCUGCCCCGUCAUCAUCACAGACCGAGCACCAUCGAGAGCCUGGCCGUCGUCAAGACGAUCGACGGUGAUCGUGUACCGUAUCACACGAUGCAACCGCCUUGCGCCGUGCAUAGUCUGGAACAUUGUUUAUUCCCGUCACGAACGCAUCGACUUACUGCCCUUUAUCAUUAAAAUGAUUGGUCUAAUCAUUUGAUUUUGUCUCCCCAAUUUUUUUUUUUUUUUUUUUCUAUCACACAACUGGAGUUUUCCUUUAACAGUUCACGGCCCUUUUUUUUAACUCUUCUGUCUCUCUGAUAUAAAUAAGCCAAAAUUGUACAAACUGUAAUGUAUAUUAUGCUAAAUGUUGUUCUUGUGUGUCUCUUUAAUUGCAAUGAUUUUCGUUUGAAUUUUCUGCGAAAUUGGACGUUCUUUUUUGGCAACCCGUUUUCCAAUCUACAUAACUCGUAUAAAUAAAAUAUAUAUAUAUUUAUGUAUAUCUCCUAAAAUCUAAAAAAAAAAAAAAAAUUCAAAAUAAGCAAAACAAUCCGCCCCCCUUUUUACCUUUUCACCCUCUCGCUGUGUGUCUGUGUGCGUGUCUUUGUGCGAACUAUGUCGUGUAAAUACAACAGGCCAAGGUUUCAAAAAAAACCUUUGACAAAAGAAAAA